GGGGGCCCUGCCUCUAAAAGGAAUGUCUCUGGGGAGAGAGAGGAGGGGGCCCUGCCUCUAAAAGGAAUGUCUCUGGGGAACAUGGCACCAAAUCUAAGAGUCCAAUCAAGCAGGAGCGACCAGCCUCCCCAGUUCCCAGCUGUGUGUCCAUGAAGAGUGACCGGUCUAUGGAUGCUCUUAUAUACUUUGGAGAGGGAGACUUUUCUACUGAACAAAGAAACCAACAGGAGAGAUCAGAGUCAGAGAUUCUCAGUGGUCAGUCUUCCCAGAGUCAUCAAACAGACCUGGCCUCCAUAUUCAGUUUGCUUGAAGAGAAAAUUAUGACAUUUGUGAAGAACGAGCUGAGGCUGUUCAAGAGGAAUCUUAGCCCAGAACUCCCAGAAGGCUUUGAGAGUCAGAAGCAGGAUAAGGAAGUGGUGGACCCUGAAGAUGAGAAGCAAGAGAGCAGUGCCAGAGAGGGGGCUCUGAAGAUCACACUGCACAUCCUGAGGAAAAUGAACCAGAAGGAGCUUGCUGACACACUGGAGAAAAAUGAGCUUGCUGUGAUUUGCCAACGUGAACUCAAAUCUAAUCUAAAGAAGAAGUUUCAAUGUGUAUUUGAGGGGAUCGCUAAACAAGGAAACCCAACACUUCUCAAUAAGAUCUACACAGAGCUCUACAUCACAGAGGGUGGAACAGGAGAGGUCAAUAAUGAACAUGAGCUGAGACAGAUUGAGACCACAACCAGGAAACAAGCAAGACCAGAGACUGCAAUCAAAUGUAACAACAUCUUCAAACCCUUAACUGGACAAGACAAACUUAUCAGAACUGUGCUGACAAAGGGAGUCGCUGGCAUUGGAAAAACAGUCUCUGUGCAGAAGUUCAUUCUGGACUGGGCUGAAGGAAAAGCAAAUCAGGAUGUCCAAUUUGUAUUUUCAUUCCCUUUUCGGGAGCUGAAUUUGAUGAAAGAGGUCAAACACACUUUAAUUGAACUUCUUAAUCACUUCUCAAUGGAAACCAAAGAUUCAAGAAUCUCCAACUACGACAAGUACAAAGUUCUGUUCAUCUUUGAUGGUCUGGAUGAGUGCCGACUGCCCCUAGACUUCCAGAAGAACAAGAUCUGUUGGGACGUCACAGAGUCAACCUCAGUGGAUGUUCUGCUGACAAAUCUCAUAAGGGGAAAUCUGCUUCCCUCUGCUCUCCUCUGGAUAACUACCCGACCUGCAGCAGCCAAUAAGAUCCCUUCAGGGUGUGUUGACCAGGUGACAGAGGUACGAGGGUUCAAUGACCCAGAGAAGGAGGAGUACUUCAGGAAGAGAUUCAGUGAUGAGGACCUGGCCAGCAGAAUCAUCUCACACAUAAAGACAUCAAGGUGCCUCCACAUCAUGUGCCACAUUCCAGUCUUUUGUUGGAUAUCUGCAACAGUCCUUGAACACAUGCUGAAACAUAAGAGAGAAGUGAUGCCCAAGACUCUGACUGAGAUGUACACACACCUUGUGGUGUUUCAUACCAAACAGAAGAAUGAAAAGUAUUUUGGGAAAGAAGAGACAGGUCCACACUGGAAUAAAGAGAGCAUUCUGUCACUGGGAAAACUGGCUUUUCAACAGCUUGUGAAUGGCAAUCAGAUUUUCUAUGAAAAAGAUCUGAAAGAAGCUGGCAUUGACGUCAAUGAAGCCUCAGUGUACUCAGGAUUGUGCACACAGCUCUUUAAAGAGGAAUGUGGGCUGUACCAGGACAAGGUGUACUGCUUCGUGCAUCUGAGUAUUCAGGAGUUUCUGGCUGCUGUAUAUGUGUUCCUCUCUUUCAUCAACAACAAUGAGAAUCUAAUGGCCAAAACUCAAUCAACGUCCAGGAAACUUUCUGUGGGGAAAAGACAGAAGCCUAAAUUUACUGUCUACAAGAGUGCUGUGGAUAAAGCCUUACAAAGUGAGACAGGAAACCUGGACCUUUUCCUCCGCUUCCUUCUGGGCCUCUCACUGGAGUCCAAUCAGAAGCACUUACGAGGUCUCCUGACAAAGACAAGAAGCAGCUCACAGAUCCAUGAAGAAACAGUCAAGUACAUCAAGAAGAAGAUCAGGGAGAAUCCCUCUCCAGAGAGGAGCAUCAAUCUGUUCCACUGUCUGAAUGAACUGAAUGACCAUUCUCUAGUGGAGGAGAUCCAAAGCUACCUGAGAUCAGGAAGUCUCUCAGAAGACAAACUGUCACCUGCACAAUGGUCAGCUCUGGUCUUUGUGUUGCUGACUUCAGAAAAGGAGGUGGAUGUGUUUGACCUGAAGAAAUACUCCAGAUCAGAGGAAGGUCUUCUGAGGCUGCUGCCAGUGGUCAAAGCCUCCAGAGCUGUUCUGCUGUCAGGCUGUGGAGUCACAGAGGAAGGCUGUGCUUCUCUGGUCUCAGCUCUGAAGUCAAAACCCUCACACCUGAGAGAGCUGGAUCUGAGUAACAAUGACUUGAAGGAUUCAGGAGUGAAGUUGCUCUCUGCUGGACUGGGGAAUCCCCACUGUAAACUGGAGACUCUGAGGCUGUCAGGCUGUCUAGUCACAGAGGAAGGCUGUGCUUCUCUGGUCUCAGCUCUGAGGUCAAACCCCUCACACCUGAGAGAGCUGGAUCUGAGGAACAAUGACCUGAAGGAUUCAGGAGUGAAGCUGCUCUCUGCUGUACUGGGGAAUCCCCACUGUAAACUGGAGACUCUGAGGCUGUCAGGCUGUCUGGUCACAGAGGAAGGCUGUGCUUCUCUGGUCUCUGCUCUGAGGUCAAACCCCUCACACCUGAGAGAGCUGGACCUAAGCUACAAUCACCCAGGAGACAAAGGUGUCAGACUGCUCUCUGCUGGACUGGAGGAUCCACACUGCAGACUGGAGAAACUCAAUGUGGAACAUGGUGGAGAGAACACAAUGAAACCUGGACUUAGAAAAUAUGUCUGUGAUCUCACACUGGACCCAAACACAGUAGACAGAUGCCUCUCUCUGUCUGAGGAGAACAGAAAGGUGACAUGUAGGACAGAGGAGCAGCCGUAUCCUGAUCACCCAGAGAGAUUUGAGGACUGUGGACAGGUGCUGUGUAGAGAGGGUCUGACUGGGCGCUGUUACUGGGAGGUAGAGUGGAGUGGGAGAGGGGCUGAUAUAGGAGUGACAUAUAAAGGAAUCAGCAGGAGAGGAAGGGGUGAUGACUGUUGUCUUGGAUGGAAUGACAAGUCCUGGAGUCUGUUCUGCUCUCACAACAGUUACAUUGCCUGGCACAAUGAGAAUCCCACGACCAUAGUCGUCCCCUCCUCCAGCUCCCACAGAGUAGGAGUGUAUCUGGACUGGCCAGCCGGCACUCUGUCCUUCUAUAGAGCCUCCUCUGACACGUUGACCCACCUGUACACAUUCACCUCCACAUUCACUGAGCCCCUCUAUCCAGGGUUUAGGGUUCAUGAUGAUUCCUCAGUGACUCUGUAAAUAAUAACCUGAAACACAUACACACACACACACUCACACACUGGACACACAAACACACACACACACACUGGACACACACACACACACACACACACACACUGGACACACACACACACUCACACACUGGACACACAAACAUACAGGACACACACACACAAACACACAGGACAAAUACACACACGCUGGACACAGACUCAGACUGACACAUACACACACAUACAUAUUGGCACACACACACUGGACACACACACACUGGACACACACACACACACAGAGGACACACACACUCACAUACACAAUCACACAGCGGACACACACAAUCAAACAGAGGACACACACUCACUGACACACACGCUGGACACUCACACACACAGGGCACACACAGAGGGCACACACUGACACACACACACAUUCACACGUAGAGGACACACACACACAGUGGACACACACUAGACACACACACACACACACACACGGAGGAUGCACACACUGAGACACACACACACAGGACAAACACACACAUACUGUUGGGUUUAUUUUUUUGUUCAGCAUAAGCUACGGACAACGAACACAAGUACAUUUUAAUCGAUGGCAAUUUGAACGUGAUGAGAUCCCAUUGUGGUGCCAUUCAUCCACAGCCAUCAUCUCAUGUUUUAGCAUGAUAAUGCACAGAGAUACCGUGAUAAGAUCCCAUUGUCGUGCCAUUCAUCCACCGCCAUCAUCUCAUGUUUCAGCAUGAUAAUGCACAGAGAUACCGUGAUAAGAUCCCAUUGUGGUGCCAUUCAUCCACCGCCAUCACCUCAUGUUUCAGCAUGAUAAUGCACAGAGAUACCGUAAUAAGAUCCCAUUGUCGUGCCAUUCAUCUGCUGCCAUCACCUCAUGUUUCAGCAUGAUAAUGCACAGAGAUACCGUGAUGAGAUCCCAUUGUCGUGCCAUUCAUCUGCUGCCAUCAGCUCAUGUUUCAGCAUGAUAAUGCACAGAUAUACCGUGAUGAGAUCCCACUGUCGUGCCAUUCAUCUGCUGCCAUCACCUCAUGUUUCAGCAUGAUAAUGCACGGCCCGAUGUGGCAAGCAUUUGUACACAAUUUCUGGGAGCUGAAAAAAACACAGUUCUUCCAUGGCCUGACUACUCACUAGACAUGUCACCCAUUGAGCAUGUUUGUGAUGCUCUGGAUAGACAUGUUACCUAUUGAGCAUGUUUGGGAUGCUCUGGAUAGACAUGUCACCUAUUGAGCAUGUUUGGGAUGCUCUGGAUAGACAUGUCACCUAUUGAGCAUGUUUGGGAUGCUCUGGAUAGACAUGUCACCUAUUGAGCAUGUUUGGGAUGCUCUGGAUAGACAUGUCACCCAUUGAGCAUGUUUGGGAUGCUCUGGAUAGACAUGUCACACAUUGAGCAUGUUUGGGAUGCUCUGGAUAGACAUGUCACCCAUUGAGCAUGUUUGGGAUGCUCUGGAUAGACAUGUCACCUAUUGAUUAUGUUUGGGAUGCUCUGGAUAGACAUGUCACCUAUUGAGCAUGUUUGGGAUGCUCUGGAUAGACAUGUCACCCAUUGAGCAUGUUUGGGAUGCUCUGGAUAGACAUGUCACCUAUUGAGUAUGUUUGGGAUGCUCUGGAUAGACAUGUCACCCAUUGAGCAUGUUUGGGAUGCUCUGGAUAGACAUGUCACCUAUUGAUUAUGUUUGGGAUGCUCUGGAUAGACAUGUCACCUAUUGAGCAUGUUUGGGAUGCUCUGGAUAGAUGUGUACGACAGCGUGUUCCAAUUCCCGCCAAUAUCCAGCAACUUUGAACAGCCAUUGAAAAGGACUGGGUCAACAUUCCACAGGCCACAAUUAACAGCCUGAUCAACUCAAGGUGAAGGAGAUGUGUCGCGCUGCAUGAGGCAAAUGGUGGUCACAACAGAUACUGACUGGUUUUCUGAUCCACACUCCUACUGUUUUAUUUUAAGGUGUCUGAUAAUCAUAUUCAUAUCUGUAUUCCCAGUCAUGUGAAAUCCAUAGACUAGGGCCUAAUGAAUUUAGUAUUUCAACUGACUGAUGUCCUUAUGUGAACUGAAACUCACUAAAAUGCUUGAAAUUGUUGAAUGUUGGGUUUAUUUUAUUGUUCAGUUUAAUAAAAAGAUCAGUAUUCAA